GUGAUAAUCUGUGAUAGAGAGAACAUGGCUUUGUGCAAAGGAAAAUCUAUAUACCAUACAUUGUUAGGGAUAUACAAACAACACAUUUCAACAAGCUAUUUCAGCACAAACAAAGUCCUUUCAAAUAUGUACAAAGACAGGGUACCUUCUGUACAGAGUAUUGAAGAACUGAAUGCCCUCUGUAUCGAUGACAAACCUGUCGAAAAGAAGAUUAGGAUCCCAGCUAAAUCAGAGUUCUCCAGUGCUGUUACAUAUGAUCCUAUUGUUCAAAAAUUUAUCAACAUACUCAUGAGAGAUGGUAAAAAGGAAAAGACAAGAGAAAUCAUUGAACAGGUUUUGGAAAACAUUAAAAUGAAACAAAUAGAAAACUACCACAAAGCAACUACGGAUGCAGAGAAGGCUAUGGUGGUUACUGAUCCUUUAAAGGUCUUCCAUGGUGCUGUAGAAAAUUGUAAACCGCUGCUGAUUCUAAAGACUAUCGUAAAAGGAGGAAGUGGCUACAGAGUUCCAGUGUACUGCCAUGAAAGAAGACGACUGCGAGUUGGAAUAAAUUUCAUCAUUAAGACUUGUGACACAAGAAAGCGAAAAGUUCCCUUGUCAACAGUUCUCGCAACAGAGAUUUUACAAGCUUACAAUAAUGAAGGUAAUGCAGUUGGAAAAAAGCACCAGCUCCAUAAAGAAUGUGAAGCACAGCGAGCAUUUGCGCAUUACAGAUGGAAAUAAGGACUUAAUAAUAAAUCAUUUAAAAAAAAUGUC